GCGAUAACUUUUCGGGCUGCCCAGCCAGCAAACACCAUCAUCUACUACUUCUAGCUCGGCUAGCCGGAGACUUCUCUCUCUCUUGCCCUUAUCAGUUUAUCACACUGCCUAGAUAUAAUUGAAAUCUACGUAGGAGUAUGUUAGAGUGGGGCAACGUCACCGGGACUUCCAUCGCAGCCGCAGCUAUUUAGCCUCGGGCAUACUGCUGCACUUUGCUGCUCGGAGUCGGCCGGGAAUCAUGGUGAUGGGGAGACCGGCGGCCGGGCGCCGUCUUCUGGCGAUCCUGCUCGCUCUGCAUCUCCUCGUCGCCUUCUCCCAUGCGGCCCGCUUCACGAGGGGCUACAGAAUGAUAGCGGUGCACGCUCCAGCGUUUCAUGGUGAUAGUAAUUCGGCAAAGGACAAAGGGAGCAGCAACGAUGCGAUUGUAGAGGAGAUGCUCAGAAGGAUGGCUCUGCAUACAUCCGACUACCCUGGUCCUGGCCCAAACGAUCGUCACACUCCACCCAAGCCACCUGGGCCAUGAUGCGACGUCAGGUCAAGACCAUUACCUCCCUCUGGCGUCAUAUAUAUGUAUAGAUCUAUUAACUCAUCCAUGAUUACUAGAACCCAACAAAAUGGUGACAUUCAAGUGUAAAUCCGCAUACACAUGGAGGUUUUCUGUAAGAUUCUGUACUAAGCCAUUUUUAUUAAGAGAACUGCACUGAUUCUUAAGGUCUUGUAAGGGAGAAUUGCAGAAGCUACCUCUUCUUUGGAGGUUCCUGUAAGAUUGUGUACUAUGUCAUAAUUAUUAAGAUACAUGCACUGA